CUUUGUCGUCUCGCGUUGGUCUCUCUCCCAAUUCAUCUCUCGAUUUCUAAAUCUCUCAUCAGAUCGCGCAAACCCCGACCCCAAUCUCAAUCCAAAUCCCUUCGAUUGUUCUCUCGAUUAGGGAUUCCGAUCGAAAUCGCCCGCGGAUUAGGCCCCAAUCGCAUGCGAAUCUACCUUCGAAUCUAGGGUUUUUAAGGUAUAUAUGGCCGGCUGGAGGCGUCGAUGGGGGAGGCUUGGGGGAUUGAGGUGGAUCUAGGGUUUGGGGGAUUGAGAGGCGUGGGAUUGAUGGUUCGCGAGGCGGGAGGGAUCGGGGCUGGAGAGGUUGGGGAAGAUGCAAGGCUAUGCAUGGGCGGGAAGGUGAGGAGAGGAAGCAGCGGCAGCUACGGCACAUGUUGCAGGUCCCCUCUGGCCCGGGCGCAGUAACAGCGGCGGCGACGGUCAAUUUGAAGCAGAAUUCCAGCGAUUCCUUUGUAAAGGACGGAAGAAAGAUUCAAAUUGGUGACUGUGCACUUUUUCAAGCUGGGAACGCCCCACCUUUUAUUGGACUAAUACGCUGGCUCAACACAGGCUGUGGGGAGCAUCUCAAGUUGGGUGUAAAUUGGCUUUACCGACCUGCAGACAUUAAGCUAUCUAAAGGGGCACAACUUGAAGCAGCCCCAAACGAGGUCUUUUACUCAUUCCAUCGGGAUGAGAUACCAGCUGCCUCAUUACUCCAUCCAUGUAAAGUUGCAUUUCUUCGUAAAGGUGUCGAGCUUCCAACAGGGAUUUCCUCAUUUGUGUGCAGAAGAGUAUAUGAUAUUGCGAACAAGUGUUUAUGGUGGUUGACAGAUCAGGAUUACAUUAAUGAGCGACAGGAAGAGGUUGAUCAACUAUUAGACAAAACACAGUUAGAAAUGCAUGCACCGCAGUCUGGGGGUCGUUCACCAAAACCAUCAAAUGGUUCAUCAUCAGCACAGCAGCUGAAAACUGUUUCAGAAGGCGCACAGAACAGUGGUACCUCCUUCCCUCAGCAAGUUAAGGUUAAGAAAAGGGAGAGGAGUGAAACAGAGCCAAAUAAGCGAGAGCGUUCUGUGAAAGUAGAAGAUGGCGAUUCUGUUUCUUCUAAGCUUGACAGUGUGAUAAAGGGUGAAAUUGCAAAAAUAACAGAAAAAGGCGGCCUUAUGAGUAUUGAAGGUGUUGAGAAAUUGGUGCAUCUUAUGCAACUUGAUAGAGCUGAGAGAAAAUUAGACCUGGGGGGGCGUGUCUUACUUGCUGAUGUAAUUUCAGCUACUGAUAGAUAUGAUUGCCUUGGCAGGUUUGUGCAGCUUCGAGGUGUCUCUGUAUUAGAUGAAUGGCUCCAGGAGGCACACAGAGGAAAAGCUGGUGAUGGCAGUAGUCCCAAGGAAAGUGAUAGACCGGUUGAGGAACUUCUAUUGGCACUGCUUCGUGCCCUUGAUAAGUUGCCUGUGAAUCUUAAUGCUUUACAGACUUGUAAUGUUGGAAAAUCUGUGAAUCAGUUGCGCAGUCAUAAAAAUUUGGAGAUCCAAAAGAAAGCCAGGAGCCUUGUUGAAACUUGGAAGAAACGAGUUGAUGUAGAGAUGAAUAAGUUAAAUGAUGCAAAGGCUGCUAGUACAUGGCCGGUAAAACAAGGAUUCGCUGAGGUUUCUCAUGGAGGAAACAGACGAACUGGUCCUGCUGAGCUGGUUAUGAAAAGCUCCAUUACUCAGCCAUCCAUGUGCAAAACACUGUCGAGUAAGCCUGGUCACACAGACUCUAUCACAAAGACAGCUGCUGUAAUUCCUGGGCCAUUGAAAACGUCAGCAUCCUUGCCUUCUCCUGUAUCAAGUACAUUGAAGGAUACAGUUGCCAAGACCACUAGUGGGGUCUCAGAAGUACCAUCCACAACAGUUAAAGAGGAGAAGAGCAGCGGCUCUAACCAAUCUCAGAAUAAUAGCCAAUCCUGUUCUGGGGACCCCAUGAAAGCAACAGGCUCUUCAUGGAAAGAGGACGCAAGAAAUUUGACUGCUGGGCCAGUGAUUUCCUGCAAGUCUUCUUCCAGUGUGUCUCGCCAUAGGAGAGCGAGUAAUGGUUUUGUAGGGACAACAGCUUCUGGAACUCAAAAAGACACUACUUUAGGUAAGUCUGUCCCGCUUAAUAGGACAUCGACAGUGGAUAAAGUAACUCAGUCUGGGUUGACAUGUGAGAGACAGCCUGAUGUACCUGUUGCAGAUCUCGGGAAUAGCAGCCACAGAUUGAUUGUUAGGCUUCCUAACCCCGGCCGCAGCCCUGCCAGAAGUGCCAGUGGAGGUUCCUUUGAGGACCCAUCAAUGACGGGAAGUAGAUCAUCAUCCCCAGGUGUUCCUGAUAAGACUGAUCAUAUUGAUCGUAGAACCAAAAUAAAGGGGGAAGCUUGUCGUUCUAACAUAAUCACAGAUGGUCACACAGAUUUAUGGCAGAACAAUGAUACAAAAGAAGGUUUGGUUGGUUCAGAUGAAGUUAUGAAAUCACAAGCGACUAAUGUUGAGGAGGAAACCUGCAGAAAUGCUGAAGAUGUUGGGAAAUUUGCAGAUCUAUCUAGAACAUCAUCAUCAUCAUUGGGUAAUGAAAAGGACAUCGUACCUCACGAUGCUGCUAAGUCAAGAAAUUCUUUCAGCUCCAUGAAUGCAUUGAUUGAAAGUUGUGCGAAUGAAGCUACCGCCUUAUCUGCUGGGGAUGAUAUAGGGAUAAAUCUACUUGCUAGCGUGGCUGCGGGAGAGAUGUCGAAGUCCCUGGCUUCCCCUUCAGGAUCUCCAGGAAGUUCACCUAUGAUGGAAGACAAUGAAACUAAACCAAGAUUGCCCAGUGAUGGUCAAUUGGCUCAAAGUCAUUUUCAGCCUCCUGAAAAUGCAGAUGUUGAAUCUGGAAAACAUGACAAAGGUGCUGGUCCUGUGGUAAAUAAGGAUGACUUGCGGCCAUCUUCACUUGUUUCAGUUGAUGAUAAAACAGUCAUACCCUUACUAGAAAACAAGCUGAUAGUUGGUGCAAAGGGAGUGCUUAAUGGUGAAGGAACCCAUCAACCUGGAGAGGAGCACAAAGCUGUUGGUAUCACCAAUGACAGUUUUACAGAUUGUAAAACUAAAGUAAAAAGUCUAGUUUCGGAGGAAAACAGGUCACUUGACUGUCUUGGUGAAAAGAUUGCUGAGGAAGGCAAGUCAGAUUUUGCGUGUGUUACUGCUGGCGAUGGAGGUGAUGCUAAAGAUGCCGCUUCAACUAUGAUGAUUGAAAAAGCAGUUGUUUGUGAUUCAACAUGUCUUCAUCCCAAAAUAGAGGUACAAAAACAGGAGCUAGUGGAGGAAGGUGCUGUGUCUGUUGCCUUAACUGACCAGCAUCCAGCACCUCUUGCGGCAAAUCAUUCUGAUGCAGUGGAUAGAAGUGAGCAUAUCUCUGAUUCUUCUUCAGUAGUUCAGUAUGCAAAUCCUCCAGGACUUGAUGACUCCAAGGCUGACAAGUCUAGUAGCUCAAGGGGGCGGAGUCCAUUGGAGCCAGUUGAUGUCGAAAGAAAAGACCAAACUCAUUUACCUCAUUCAGCUGCUGAUGUUCAUCUUCCAUCCACACUGGCUAGCAAAGGGCCUGAAGUUAUUUUGGACAAGAAGGAACCUUCUCAUCAUUGUCCCGCUGAAUUAGGCAAAUCUGAAGCAUCAUCAAUAAUUCCUGCCCAUGAGACUGAACCUACUAAGUCUUCAGGUUCAAAAGUCUCUGGGCCAGAUGUGGAUCAUACUGAAGAGCCUGCAUCAUCUACGGAUGCUUCUUUGGCUGCUAGCGUGGGGCCAGACUGCACAUCUAAGAUUGACUUUGAUCUGAAUGAAGGAUUUCUUGGAGAUGAUUUACACCAGAGUGAGCCAGUGUCUGUGCCACAACCAGUUUGUUCACCAGUAAUUCAUUUACCCAAUCUGCCUCAUUUUGCAUCGUCCUCCAUACCACAUGGCUCACCUGCCCCAAUCACAGUCGCUGCUCCUGCAAAAGGACCUUUUGUUCCCCCUGAGAACUUAUUGAAGAGUAAGGCUGAGCUAGGAUGGAAAGGUUCUGCUGCUACAAGUGCCUUUCGGCCAGCAGAACCACGAAAGGUUCUUGAAAUGCCUCUUAGCACUUCAGAUGUCCCUUCUUCUGAUGUUAAUACUGGGAAGCAGAGUCGCCCUGCUCUGGAUAUUGAUCUGAAUGUACCUGACGAGAGGGUUCUGGAAGAUAUGGCCUCUCAGAGUUCUGCCCAGACUACAGGUUCAGAAUCUGGGGUGGUCAAUAACCGUGAUGCACCUGUGCGAGUUGCUGGAGGACUAGACCUCGAUCUCAAUCGGGUUGACGACAGUUCAGAGAGUGGAGUCUUGACAAACAACAAUCGGAGGACAGAAUUUCCAUUGCUGCCUGUGAGAGCAGCUCAAACAAGUCUGCCAAAUGCUGAUACCAACAAUUUUAGGGACUUUGAUUUGAAUGGACCAGGCAUUGAGGAAGCAGGUUCGGAGUCUGGAGUGCGAAAUAAUCAGGCCAAGGGCAGCAACCUUACCCUGCUGCCUCCAAUUGCUGGCCUGAGAAUGAAUACUUCUGAAUUAGGAAAUGUGUCCACAUGGUUUCCCCCAAGUAACUCCUAUCCUGCAGUUGCUAUUCCUUCAUUCUUGCAUGACAGGGGGGAGCAUCCGUAUCCGAUCGUUGCAGCUGCUGGGGCACAGAGAAUUCCGGGGCCAGCUACUGGUACCACCUUCGGGGCGGAUAUUUAUAGACAUCAAGUCCUUACAUCAUCCCCUGCCAUGGCUUUCUCCCACACCCCUUCAUUUCAAUAUGCUGGGUUUCCUUUUGGCUCAAGUUUUCCGGUUGCCUCGAACUCUUUUGCAGGUGCUCCACCCACUUAUGGAGAUUCUUCAGCAGGGGCAGGUCCAUUCUUCCCGACUAUUCCUUCUCAGAUAAUGGGACCAGCUGGUGCUGUCUCCUCCCAUUAUCAUCAAAGGCCUUAUGUGAUAAGCCUGCCUGAAAGCAGUACCACUGGUGGAUCAGACAGUAAUAGGAAAUGGGCCAGGCCAGGUCUUGACCUCAAUGCAGGUCCAGGCAGUGUGGACGCCGAAGCAAGAGAUGAGAGAUUAUCUUCAGCUCCGAGACAGCUCAAUAUUGCUAGUACACAGGCUUUUGUGGAGGAACAAGCAAGGAUGUUUCAGAUGCCUGGUGGAGGCUUGAAGAGGAAAGAGCCUGAAGGAGGUUGGGAUGCAGAGAGGUUUGCUUACAAACAAUCUUCGUGGCAUUGAGGUCUCAUAUGGAUGGCUGCCUUCAGUGGAUGAGUCUGUUACAUUUUGCAUUGCAGGUAAAGUAAUGUGAGCCUCUUCCUGCUUUUCCUUUAGUUAUUGCACAAAAACCAUUUCCAUCUUGGUGUUUGCCAUGAGGAUGGUCAGGAACUCUCAGAAGAUUACAUACAGUGCUGUAACCUUUUGUAAAUGUUGAGAUGCUUGAAAUGAUUUCAUGGUUUUCUCAGUUGCCUUUGAUUGUGUCAUGCAAUGCUUUAGCCCUUUCAGGUCUGUUAGAUGGUUAGACUGGCUGACAAUGCAUAUGGCUGGCUGCCCCAGAGGGUGGACGGUAAGUUGCUAUUGCUAAGUCACUCCAAAUUCUCGUUUCAUUUACUCAUCACUUGGAUAGAGGCUACCGGAAAUUCUGUGCGCUGUUCUUCGUCAUAGUUAAUCAGUACCUUUGUUUCUGUUUGGAUGGGAAGCAUUACUGAGAUUUAGUUUUCUUGUGUAGAUAAACUUUUAAAAUAUGUCGGUGUUGUUUCGCCAGACACUUGAGAUAAGGUUUAUCAUAUAGGUUGGAUAUUUCGAUAUGCUGUCUGGGCCACUCUCCCGCCUUCCUGUAUGAGCUGUCUCCGGCAUAUGCGCAUAAAACUUGUAUGUUAUUUAUAUCACACUCUUUUCGCUACCCUCUAGAAUUUUCCCUCUUGACAACGAUUUUAUUUGCUCUCAGUCUGUACAUAUUGGUUUUUGUUGAAUAUCAAUCAUCGGUCUCUACUGUGGUUAUGUCAUUGUUCAGCAAUAAUCAAAAUUUUCACUUUUGCUU